UUGGCCGGGUUUUGAGACUAAGGGGCGGAAAAUGGACCACUUGGGGGCAUAUUGAGAUGGCGGCCAACCUGCAAAGCCUACUGUGAGUCGACGUGACAAUUCAAAAACUAACCUCACUUACGAUUUAUGCGAUUUCAACACAAACACUUUACUCUUCUAAUCAUUAUAAACAUAAUUCACUCAAUUAUAACCACACUUUUUUAAAAACUUGCGUUUCUUCGAUGAAAAACCUCACAAAUUCCGUACAAACAAAAACAGUAACUAAUGACGUAACAAAAAGUGAACGCUGGACAAGGGACAAAAAAUUUAAGUCAAACACGGCCCAAGAAAAAAUUCGGACAUAAAUAAAACAUUUAUUGAGUGAAAUAUUACAUGCUGAUCAACUUGUUUUAACCAACAUUACUCAAAUAAUUAAUAAAUUUUUUGUCAAUCUAUAUUUUCGUAAUUAUUAGUUUGACAUAUCUGUCUAUUGUCAAAAAACUGUCACAAUCAGCUGUUUAUGUUUUAAUAAAAUUUAAUAUUCUUGAAAAUAAUGGUCGAAGAAGUGAAAAACAACCUUCAGGAGCUUCUAUCGAAGGUUUCCGGCUUGUAUGGCGUCGUAAUCACCGACCGUGAUGGUGUCCAUUUACUCAAAGUUAAUACAGAUAAGGCCCCAGAACACGCAAUGAGGCCUAACUUUAUUUCAACAUUUGGACUUGCUGUGGACCAAGGAAGUAAAUUAGGAUUAGGAAAAACAAACACCCUGAUUUGUGUCUACUCCCAAUACCAAGUUAUACAAAUGAAUAAACUUCCACUUAUUGUAACAUUUAUUGCUAGUGAUACUUGUAAUACAGGACAUAUUUUGGCAAUAGAAAAACAAUUAGAUUCUAUAGUUUCGAAUUUGGCUCUUGCAGUCGCUGAAUCCUAAUUUUAUGUACAUAUAUUUUUUGUAUUCUAUUAAUUAAUGAAUAAAAUGAUUUUUGUAUGCUA